AUGGCGGAGUUUCUUCACAUCGUUCUCUCAGUGUCGUUAUUUUAUACCUUCAUCGCAGGGGGGGCGUGCAGUGAAGACCUACGUUUCUGUGCUACCGUCCACAUAUCGCCAAGUGCUUACCUCGUCCCAACACAGCACUUGGAGUGGGGAAAGUGGAUUGAGAGUUAUUAUCAUACGGCAGACGCUGAAGCUCCGACCGCAAGGACCAGCCCGAUAAAGUUUUGCACCUCGGGACGAGAGAUGUCUCCGUCGGGCACAGAGGGACGCGUUACUGUGGUACCGCUCAAUUUCGGAUACAACUCCGACACCAACACAAAGUUCACCAUCGAGUGGGAUCGUCCAUGGUCAGGACGCAGUUAUGUGAGGGAGAUAUAUGACGAGAAUGUUUACGACGUGGAGAAAAUUAAGCUCGGUCCCUGGCAAUAUAGAUACAACCUGAUCUAUAAACCGCUCUCGAAGUAA